AUGUGCCGACGGUGCUGUAUCAUUUCAGUGUUCAUACUGUUAACAGGUUCAGUCUCUCUCCAUCAGGUUGUUGAAGUCACUGAAGGAGACUCUGUCAUCUUGAAUUGCAGUCAAAACAGUAUUGUGCUUGAAGAUAAACCGCUGACAGUCCACUGGAGACACGAUGACGUCAGGAAUGUAUUUGAUAUUAUCAAUGGAAACAUUUCUGUAAAGGAGCAGGAUGAAGCGUAUAAGAACAGAGCAGAAGUUUUACACGAGGAGCUCAAGAAGGGGAACAUCUUUCUCAAACUCACCGAUCUUCAGCUCUCUGAUGGAGGAACGUAUCUCUGUUUUGUCCCAGAUUUGGGACUUGAGCGCAGCACACAGCUGGUGGUCAAAGAAAGAUGCAUGACAUGCACAACUGCUGAAAUAACAAGCCACGGUGCAGGAGCAAGACUGGGAAAGACUCUUUACCUCCUAAUAAUCAUCUGGUUUCAUUGUGGAAUCAUCAUUCUUUCUUAACGCUGUAUUGCACUA